AUGUACAUCGCCUCGAGUCGAGGACCUGUUCAAUGGUGUGAAAGAGAUGGUGGGCUUGCCAAACGUGGCUUAGCCUUUCAGCAGUCUGGAAUAACAGUGCUCAUGUAUGAUCCACGAAGCACUGGACUUAGCAAUGGCGAGCCGCGCAACAACAUCGACCCCUUCACGCAGAUUGACGACUACUCGGAUGCGCUGAGCUUUCUGGCAGUUCAUCCGAUGGUGGAUCAGGCCCGCAUGGGGAUUUGGGGCAUAUCUCUUUCUGGGGCCAUGUCACUAGCCUGUGCAGCAGUCGACCCACGCGUCCGCUUCGUCGUCGCCGUCUGUCCAGCUUCGGAGUAUUCCUUUGCGCAGGCCAAGAUACCCGGGGUACUUGGCAAAAUUGCGAAGGAUCGGGAGUCCUAG